AAUGUUAUUUCGCAGAAUGCAUGAAACCACUUCAUCUAUAUGUGUAUAUACAUAUAUAUAUAUAUAUAUAUAUAUAUAUAUAUAUGUAUGUAUGUAUAUAUAAGCAAUCUCCCAACAUUAUUUCGAUAAUAUGCGGUAAUGUUGUAUGCGGUAAUGCACACAGUGUUAUUUCCUUUUUGUUACAACAAAAAGUUGCAACGGGAAGUACAAAUGACAAAACAUUUAAAACAAAUGUUUUAUAUAUAUAUAUCUAUAUAUAAACACUUCAUUUUUAUAUAUAUAUAUAUAUAUAUAUAUAUAUAUAUUAAUGAAGUGUGCGUUACCGCAUAUAACAUUACCGCAUAUUAUCGAAAUAAUGUUGGGAAAUUGCUUACAGUUCACUUGACGAUCUAAAUGCUUCAGAGGUUUGAAGCGCACACGUCUUCCCGACAUGUCGGUAAUUCUCAAGUCUGUUGGUGAUGUCGCUAGCGGACGGUCGCUGUAACGAGAGCUAGUGAAAAAAUAGUUCACUAGCAACUCUAGGAUCCCCUUAAAUCUAAGUUAAUAGGAAUAAAUAUUAAUAUCUUUCUUCUCAUGUGUCGAGAAUUUAAGAAAUGUUUUUAUUCAUAUAUUAUAUUAAAAAUUAAAAAUUGUUAUAAAUAUUAUAAAUAAUGUUAGGCAAGGAUUUUAACAAUUAAAUGUUUGCAAUAAAGAGUGUAUGCGUUGUAUAAGAUAUUUAAUAUCGCUGCCUAUCAGAUUGAGUUUUGUCUCUUUUCGCAUUCUUCGACAUCAAAGAAAUGUUUCCCAAUUUUCUGCGAGACACGCGACAUGUUUUGUUGAUCACUCGGAAUUAAUAAUAGUCCGGAUAGUAACCCAUAUAAGAGUGCUUCCUUGAUGUAGCAUUUUGCGUGUUUUGAUCCUAAACGAUGAAAUUAAUCUAAGAAUUCCUAAUUCCUUUAUUUUCCUUGUUUUUUCCAUAAAUAAUUCUUUACUUUCAUAAAUUUAGUUUUAUUAAAAUCAUAAUUGAUAUUCUAUAAAUUUAGAUGCAUGAUACUAUACCAUUCUGGAUAGCUUCCGCAUAAUAAGAAGUAUUACUGUCGGAGAGAUCACAAUCACUUGGUUUUGACAAGAACAAGUUAGUUAAAACAAACGUGCAUUUGUAUAUACUUUUUGUUGUACUUAACAAAAAUGAAAACUAAGAUGUAAUAAAAAUGACUACUCAUUAUAACAAAAUGCCAGACAAGUCAUUUAUUUGACCCCCUUGGUAACUCUAUAGUGUUAACUAACUUAUAAUUAUUAUUAUCUAAGUUAUAAUAAUAUAAAUCUGAAUAUACGUGAUAGAGAUAUUCGAAACUAUUUCAAACGAGAUGUUGCGUGUUUGCGAUAUUAAUGAUAUUGGAUAUAAGAUGUCUCAUUAAUCAUGAAAGUUUCCAGUUUCAUUUUAUAAUCCGUUUUCCGCGCGCAUUAUAUUAAAAUAACGUGUACAGUUUUAUAAUAUAAUUUUUCUAAUAUCAUUUCAAAUCGCAUUCUAUCGCAUAUCAUUCCAACUUAAUUUUUCGAACAAAGAUCUAAAGGAAUAGUAUAAAGUACCUAUUAUAGAAGCCUUUCAAGACAAAGCAGCUUUGAAACCAAAGACAUUCGACAAUAACACGUAAGUCACUUUGUGUUUACAGAAAUUCCUAGAGUAUCAAUAAUAGCGACAGUUUUCAAAGAGAAGUCACGUUAGACGCGCAAACGUAGAGAUCGUUAAGAGAAACAGAAUUCUUUUCCAGUAUUAAUCGGAUUAGUAUUUUAUAUUUGGACGCGACGAACUGAUUCACAUUGUUUCUGUAUAUCUCGUAAUUCUCCGUUUGUGAUUUGUUCACAUUGGACGAUUUCACCAUACGCAAAAGUGAUUUGACGUAUUGAUACGAAGAACCCUCAUUACAUCAACAAUAAGCAAUAAUGAAUGAAUACAUGUCGGAUUACGUAGACCAUCUGAAGUCAUUGAUACCGGCGAAACAUGAUCCUGAAACGGACCCUGUCUUGUGCGUGGAUAAGUGGGAUCUUCUUGACGAGGUUCGGCAAAUGUUAACAGCAUCAUUUAAAGCAGCGAUUUCACAAAAACAAACGAGACUUACUAAAAUGGAGACAAAUGAUAUAGCGAGACCAAUAGAAGACAGAAUGGGUAUAUUAUAUAAGAAAAUAAAUAAAGCAGAGUCAAAAGUAAACGAUGUUAUAGCUCUAGCAAUAUGUUACUCUAACAUGAGUAUAGUGCGGAGUCGCCACGAAACAAAAAAGAAAUUAUUACUACGUAAGAGUUAUUUGAAGAAAUCUUUAGAACUGUUAAAUCGAAAAGAAUUGGAUCGCAGAGCCAUUUUGAUAGUUUUGAGGGCAUCUCUACAAUUAGAAUGCGUUUAUCACAAAUUGAAUGAACCAGAGAAAUGUUAUUCAUUGUUGCAUAAAGCGCUCGCGUUAUGUCACAAAUAUACGAAGUACGGAGAAAAAUUUCCUGCGCCUAUCAAUAUACUUUGUGUUAGUCUUGAUAUUGAACCAGUAGGAUUUUAUCCAAACUCUAGGGUUUCCUUCAUGACUCUGUAUAGAGAACUUUUAAAUCGUUUGAAACCCAUAGAGGAAAUAUUGAAAUUUGACUCCAAUGUAUGGGAUGCAUAUACCCUUGUAAAUAUUAUGCAGAAGUUUUUAAUGCGUCAGUCAGUAAUGGUGAUGGCGAAUCCAGUGAAAACAGAUUUGGCAUGGAUUCAUGCUGCAUGUCAAUUGUCUGCGUCCUUUCUGCGCUUGAGUAAAUUUCGCCUUUCCUUCACUGAAGCUAGGAAUUGUAUUGCUUCUGCACAAUAUAUGCUAGAACUAAAUGACAAAGAAGUUUCUAAAGCGGAAACAUCUAAUAACUCUGAAGAUUUUCAUGAUGCAAAUUAUUAUGUUACAAAAGCGUCUGUAGCUUUAGCGUGGUGUAAUUAUAGUAAUCUAAUAUUAUUUUUAUCGAAAUAUAACAUGUCGUAUAUUAGACUUGGUACAGGAUUCCCAAUUCAUAAAGCAGCUAAAUCUAUAUCAAUGUCUUCUACAACAUCUGUGAAAUUUUUGAUAUUGACGCACUUGGAGGAAAAUCUAAAAAUUAUCCAUAACUAUACCAAUCAAGUCACUGAUACAUAUUAUGUGACAACUCGCGACGAUGCUAAAUCAGUUUUCCUACAUUACAUCAAAUGGUUUGAAGUAACUAAAACAUGUUAUAAGAAAAUAGGAUUUGUAGAGAGUACUAAAUUAAUAGCAUACAAUAUAAGCACAACAUACAAAUAUUUAGCGUAUUUUGAGCCAGAUAAGGACAAUCAGAUAAAAUUGCUCAAACGGCAGAUACAGAUCUUAAAAGAUAUUUGCGAUAUUGAUGUUUACAAAGUUACGUUAGAAAAUUUCUUAAUGAGAAGAAUUUAUUGUGAUUUGGCAGUUUCUUAUGCCAUUAUUGUGGACAUGAUAUUAGAAAAUAUGGAAUUCAAUACAACAUAUGUAGAGGAAGGGAAUCUGAAGGAAUAUAUACGCAAUAGCGUAAAAUGUUACAAAAAGUAUAUCUUUCUACUUCGUUCGUACUAUAAUAAAAAGCUUGUUUAAAAAGCGUUUAAUCUAGUGCUUAUCAUGACCAAGGAUAAAUGACUACCAAAUUACUAUAAUAUUCUAUUUUCCUUACUAUUUUAAUAUAAAAAUACAGAAAUAUUAUUUUCUAAUACAGCAUUAUA